GAUUAUUUCGAUUAUUUGUCGAUUAUACAUUAAUUCUAAUAUCCAUACUAUGACAUUGCCAAAUGACAAUGAAGAAAACAGAAUGUAUGUAGGAUAGAAAGAGAGACUGUGUGUCUGGGCGACUGAGUGAGUGAGAGAUUAUUGAAAACCAUUAGAAUGUAAGGCUUGACCACAUGUAUUUAUUACAUUAUUGUCGCGACAGCAAAAAGAUUUGCUGAAAAUUGAGAUUUGAUUGUGGUGGUAGUAGUAGCAGUGGAGAGAACAACACACAUGGAAUCAAUGUUGUACACACAAUUUGCUAUUCCAUUUUUUUUUCUCUAUGCACAGAUCUCCGCUACAACGAUCAUCAAUCAAUCAUAAAAAUCUCAAUUUUCAGCUAUUUUUUAGCUAUCGCGAUUUCAGUAAUGGAAAGUUUUCAUUUAAGAUUUCUUUUUAUUUAUGUGGUCGCCUUAUUUCAAUUUAUUGAUAUAUACACUUGUAAAAAAUUGGGCCGGCUAAACAUUUGGUUUCCGAAUGUCGUUGAAUUGGAACUCACCCAUGUCAAAUUGGUGCAGCCAAAAUCGUUGGAAGUGAAAUUCGAUCGACUCAAAACAUUGGCCAUUCAUCAGUACGAAGAGCUGAUUGAAUCAUUGACGAUCGAUAAAAUGUUACGAUUGAAUCCACAGCUACAUACAUUGGUGUUACGAAGCGAAUUCGAUUUGGAAUUUCUUCAAUCAAUUGGUGAAAAUUUGACACAUUUAGAGGUACUUGAAGUUUGGGCACCAGUCGAUCGUUUUUACAACUUUGGCGACGAAAAGGUACGCUUUGAAAACGUCAAGAAAUUCACACUUUCCAGCCAAUUUGAAUGGGGUGAAUUCAUCGUGAACGUUCCGUUCGAAUUUCCAAAGCUGCGAUAUCUCAAAUUCGACGGAUUCAACGAGUUCAAAGGUCAACUCAUGAAUUUCAUCAAGCUCAAUCGUGACGUGGAACAAUUACAUUUGGUGCCGAAUCUCGAAUCAUGGGACGAUUUGGACAUCAAUGAUUGCAACGCAAUUGUUACGGCCAUGCCAAAACUCAACGAAUUGGAAUUUUGCGGCGACACUUUUACACACACCGAACUUGUCGCGUUUUUGGCAUUAAACAAGAGCUUGAAUAAGGUACGGCUAUGGUUCAUCGAACCACCAAUUGACUACCACUUCCGAUGCACAUUGCAAAAGAAUUGGGAUCUCACAACGCGUGUCAUCGAACAUGGAUGCUGGGAUGCAUGCACAGUCUUUGCACUUGAACUUAAUCGCAAAGAUUAAUUAACAACAGUUUUGCAUGAAUUUCAAAGUAUUUUAAGAAUCGGAACGAAUAGUAUGGAUAGAUUAUAUCGAAGAAAAAUUAACAUAAAAACACAAUCAUAAACGACAAACAUUGAUAAUGAAUGCUUUUGUUUAGAAACAGUUUAUUUACUUUUGCAUUAUGGAUACAAUA